CUCAUACSGUGGUACUCUAUUGUCGCUGCGCGUUGAAUGACAUGAAAAGACUAGGGGGGCGUGGACUCAAUUCUCCACACGCGCAGCAUAACCUAUUUAACGGCAUCUGCGACGACUAUUAAUUACAUUGUUUACUUGCGUUCAUCUGUUAUUGCAAUGGCACAAGCCGAUUCAAGAAACGAAGUAGCAGAGCGCAUUGGAUACAUCACACGAGUCCAGAGUUUCAGCGCGUGCCAUCGAUUGCACAGCCCGACGUUGAGUGAUGAGGUAAACAAGAGGAUAUUUGGGAAGUGCAACAAUCCCAAUGGCCAUGGACACAACUAUAAAGUAGAGGUGACGGUACGGGGAAAGAUCGAUCGUCACACAGGCAUGGUGAUGAACAUUACAGAUCUGAAGCAACACAUCGAGGAAGUCAUCAUGAUUCCGUUGGACCAUAAAAACCUGGAUAAGGACGUCCCCUACUUUGCCAAUGUUGUUAGCACAACAGAAAACGUGGCUGUAUAUAUCUGGGACAACAUGGUCAAGCAGCUACCAGCCAAUCUUCUCUACGAGGUCAAGAUUCACGAGACUGACAAGAACAUUGUUGUAUAUCGAGGAGAAUAGCCAGCCACCUUCAGUACCUUGUAAUUAGUAAGAUCUUUACUAAUAUACAUUAUGUAGUAUGCACAUCUCAUGUUUGAGUUCAUAGAUGGACUUAUACGAUGUGUUAUGAUAGUAUUAAAGUACAGUGUUGAGGUUAUACUAUUGAAUAGUAUUGUGCAUCAUUUGCUGGUGCAAUCCACUCUACAACUUUGUUACAAUAAUAAAUGGAAUAGCUCAAAUUUAAA